UCUAUGGUUGUUAGAGUGUAUAUGGAAUUAUCUAUUUGAAUGGGGGUGUCAAGUCAAUGUUACAUUUCAGUAAGCUUUCCUUGUGAAUAGAGCUUUGUGACUGGAUCUUCUAAACCAGGGGAAAAAAUGUCAGAUAUCCGUAUUGAUCCAAGUGAGCUUCAUUGGAAAAAGGACCUUAAUGUGCUUCGUAAGGCUGCUCGGUUGUUACGUGACCCUGAAACUAGUUCUUCAUGGAGGUCUCCUUUGAGUUCGAGAUCAGUGGCUGCAACUUCCAGUUGGAACUAUUUAGAUGGAACCACAGGAAACGGCAUAGGAUCAAAUCACAUCAGCGGCUACUCUGAAAAUGGGACUCACUUGGCCAUUAGAGGUGUAAACAAUCAGAAAAAGGUCUUUCUCUACAAUUGGAGGCAUCAAUCUGGAAGAUCAAGUGAUAGUGGGGCAAAGUUAGGUGAGGAUAAGUUUGGGCAAGGAGGAUCAGUUCAUAGAAGUCCUGAAGAUAGCUUGAGUGAUACACAAAAGGAGGAUUCUAUGAGUGAUACAUUUCUCGGGGACCCUAUCAUGGUCUUCCGAGCCAAAGAGGCAAGCACAGUGAUACCAGCUAGAAGAACUGUUAGGAGGUUGAAGAAAAAUUGUACUUCCUCACGGCAACCUAUCAGCAGAAACUCCAAAAAUUCGAGACGACUGGAUAUUCCAACUAUCUCAAUUGGUGAAACACUUAACUCGGUUGAGCAAUCAGAUGACACGGAAUACUGCAACUCUGAGGACUUACAGAUUUUAACUCAGAAAUUAGGAUAUACUCCAAGAUCAGCUUCUCCAUGGCUUCCCAGAUGUGGGAACUGGUCUCAUUCAUCCAAGCUUUUGAAAAGCAUCCGAAGGGAUGAUUCUUCGUAUUCCUAUACCCCAGCAUCAACCAGUUCUUACAAAAGAGAUGGGAAACGAAACCCAAGUACCGUUGGGUCUUGGGAUGGCACUACAGCUUCCUUCAAUGGAGAUGAAUUGGAUCAGUUCGAUCUGCCGAGACGCCAAGGAUGUGGAAUUCCUUGCUAUUGGUCAAAGAGGGCACCAAAGCAUAGGGGGUGUGGAGGUUGUUACUCUCCUUCACUUUCUGAUACAUUAAGGAGAAAAGGAAGUAGCAUCCUCUGUGGAAGCCAGACACUGUAUCAUAGGCAUCGAACAUCUAGGUCUAGCAAGCACAAACUUGUUUCAAGACCAUCUGAAGGUUUGGCACUGUUGACCAACAGUGGUGAUGGUAGAGGAUGCUCAGCUGGUUCAUCCAUUGAAACUGGACAGAGUGAUGAUGAACUUUCUACCAAUUUUGGCGAGCUUGACUUGGAGGCAUUGAGCCGGUUGGAUGGACGGAGAUGGUCAUCAAGCUGCAGAAGUCAAGAGGGGUUAGAACUAGUAGCUUUAACAGGAGGAGCUGAAGAAGGGACGCCUGAUCAUAUUAGAAGCUUGAGCCAGAAAUAUAGGCCAAGGUCCUUUGAUGAAAUAAUUGGGCAGAAUAUUGUGGUUCGAUCUCUUAUUAAUGCCAUUUCAAGGGGAAGGAUUGCUCCUUUCUAUCUUUUCCAAGGGCCCCAUGGGACUGGAAAAACAUCAACAGCCAGGAUAUUUGCUGCUGCCUUGAAUUGUCGGGAAGAUCCUAAGCCAUGUGGGUUCUGUAGGGAAUGCACUGAUAUCAUCUCUUGCAAGAGCAGAGAUCUCAGGGAAGUUAAUGCUACAAAUAGGAAAGAAAUAGAUAAAGUCCGGUCCUGGUUGAAAGAUCUGUGCAAAAACCCUGCAUCACGUUUCAAGGUCUGUGUGCUUGAUGAAUGCCAUUUGUUACCUUCCAAGACAUGGUCAGCGUUUAUGAAGUUUCUUGAAGAACCUCCACUGCGUGUUGUCUUCAUAUUCAUUACUGCAGAUCUGGAUAGCAUUCCUCGUACUGUACUAUCACGGUGCCAGAAAUACAUCUUCAACAAAAUUAAAGAGGCUGAUAUAGUAACCAGAUUAAAAAAGCUUUCUGCAGAUGAGAAUUUGGACGUUGAAUCAGAUGCACUGGAGCUGAUUGCUUUGAAUGCAGAGGGUUCACUUCGAGAUGCUGAAACUAUGUUAGACCAAUUGAGUUUGCUAGGAAAAAGAAUUAAUACGUCUCUUGUAAAUGAACUUGUGGGUGUUGUUUCAGAUGAGAAAUUGCUUGAUCUUUUGGAGCUGGCCAUGUCAUCGGACACGGCAGAAACAGUAAAGAGAGCCAGGGAAUUGAUGGAUUCUGGGGUUGAUCCAGUGGCCUUGAUGUCUCAAUUAGCUGGCCUUAUUAUGGAUAUUAUUGCCGGAACAUACCACUUAGUUGAUUCAAAAAGCAGUGGUUCAUACUUCAGUGGGCGGAGUUUGACUGAAGCAGAAUUGGAGCGAUUAAAACAAGCUUUGAAGCUUCUCUCUGAAGCUGAGAAGCAACUAAGGCUUUCAAGUGAACGCUCAACAUGGUUCACAGCUGCUCUUCUACAACUUGGUUCUGCUGCUUCUUCAGAUCCUUCACAUUCAAGCAGUAGCAGGAGGCAGAGCUCCAAAACAACAGGGGAAGAUCCAUCAGGCCCUUCUGGUGAAGCUUCCACCCACAAGAAGCAGCCUGAUGCUUUGCGUUUGGCGUGGAAGUCAACUUCUUCUUCUGCUUCAAUUCCUCGAGCAGUUAAUGAAUGUUCUAGUUCACAUGAGGAGCUAUUGGCGGAUCAUUCUAGUUUAGAAUCUAGGGCCAUGCACAGCCGAUUUAUGGAAGCGUGUGCAUCAGGCACUUCUAAUGAAGAGACCGCAGCUGGGAGUAGGGUCUUCAGGUGCUUAAGCCCGGACAAGUUGGAUGCUAUUUGGGUGAGGUGUAUUGAUAAAUGCCCUUCGAAGAAAUUGAAGCAGUUGCUAAGAGUUCAUGGAAAGCUUGUAGCAAUCUCUGAAGUUGAAGGUGUUUUGAUUGUUUCCAUAGCAUUUGUUGACGGGGAUAUCAAAUCCAGAGCUGAGAGAUUCCUGGGAAGUAUCACAAAUUCAGUAAGAGUUGUUCUGAGACAUAAUGUUGAGGUUAGAAUAGGACUCCUUCAAGAUUGGGAAAAUUCUGUUGAAAGACUGCAGCCAUUCCAGUUGACAGAUUCUUUGACCCGCCCAAAGCAUGUGGAAACAUCAGAAAGGGAAAGCAAAUCUGAUUGUGGUAACUUAAUAAAUGGUCAUGCUGAUCUGGAUCCAUACCAGGAACUACAAAAGGUACGCAGGGAAACCUUUAACAGUUCUAAAGAUACUCAGCAAGGUGGGAAAUUAGAUCGAUGUGAUCUCUCAGAGUCAUUAACAGAUAGAAGCUUCCUGGCCACUAGUGGCUUACCUGCCUUUGCCAAUAAUGAGGGUGCUGGAAACUGUAUCUUAGAGAAGCAGGAAAUUCCAAUGCCAAGAAUACAACCCAUCAGUGAUGAGCAGCUAUUAGAGACUGCAUGGUUACAGGCUGAAGAGAAGGGCACUCCUGGGUCAGUAAGUCGGUUGAAACCUGAGAGGAAUCAAGUCCUUCCACAAGAUAGUGUUUAUCGUCAGAAUCAGAUGACAUCCAUGAUGUUGAGCUUAUCCUCCCAGCGUGGAGAUGAUGAACUGAAUCAUGAAAUCAAAGCUUCGAAGAUAAAUGAUAACAGGAGCAACCUGAAAAACCCGAAUGGCAGAAGAAUUGAUCACUCCGCCAUGUCUCCGAGCCUUUUACAUGAUAGCAGCUUCCCGGGCAAUUUCAACCAAGAGAACCUGGGAUAUGAAUCAGGCUCAGGACCUGGUGGUUGCAAUGGGCUUCUUUGCUGGAAAACCUCCAAACAUAUCAACAAAGAAAAGGUUAAGGUAGGAACCCCAGUUCGGUCACGAAAGGGCAGAAACUUGUUGUGGUUUGGACAAUGUCGGAAGUCAAGGAAGAUUGAGAAUGGAUUCAGAAGAUGAUCCUACAACAAUUAAGAAGAUUUAAUCAUCAGAUCUGCUUCUGUUCUUUUUUAUAUAUGUAUUCUGUAUAGUAGUAUAAUUGGUCAUUAUCGAGGAAUUUUCCCCCCUUAUAUAUAUUUAAAAUGGGGUGGGUUGGAGGAUCUCACGAUGGUUUUGACUAUGUAUGUAGGAUAUCUUAUCCAAUUUUGCAUGGGAUGAAAUAAAGGAAAAUGGAAAGAAGCCAGUUUUGCCUCCUAUCCAUUUGUUUC